AUGAUCUUCAACUGCCAGCUGGGCGCCGGCCGCACCACCACGGGCACCGUGAUCGGCGGCCUCCUCGACAUGUACGCAGCAGCCAUCGCCCCCGGCGCCCCGUUCCCCGUGUCGCCUGCCGUCGUCUCGUCCGGCGGCGCGGGCGCGGGCGUCGCGGUGGCGUCGCUGAUGCGCAAGGCGAGCAGCAGCAAGGCACUGGAGGAGCUGCCGCUGGCGGCGCUGGCGGAGGCCAUGCAGGGGGGCUCGCCGCGCAGCGAGGACGACGAGCGCGACGGGCUGGGCGCGCCCGCGAUUGGGUGGGACGAGAUGAGCCAUGAGGAGCUGGAGGAGCAGAGGGCCCUGGCGCAGGGCGGCUACGUGGGCGUGCGGCGCGUGGUGCGGCUGCUGGAGGUGGGGGACGUCGCGAAGCGCAUGGCCGACGCCGCCAUCGACGCCAACAGCCAGCUGCUCAAUCUCCGCAUGAGCAUCCUCAAGUACCGCAAGCCGCGCAGCAGCUACAAGAGCCUGCGCUCCGAGACGGGCGCGCGCCACAGCGCGUUCAGCCGCGGCAGCGCGUACCUGGAGCGCUAUUGCGUCAUCAUCGCGCUGGCGGGCUACCUGGAGGAGGCGGGGCUCACGUCACCCACGUCGUUCAGGCAGUGGCUCGCAAACAGGCGGGCCGCCACGUCCAUGCAAUCCCUGCCUGGCACGUCAUGA